GGGUGUGGGGUCAGAGCCACCCAAUCCUGUAGGGACACAUUUCACAAUUUCCGGGAUGGGGCUGUGAUGGGUCACAGUGCAACCUCCAGCUAUGAGUAUCGGGUGUGUCACACUUUUGCUGCUUCUGACAGAGUGUUCGAGGGCCCUUGGGCAGCGCUCACCACUGAAUGACUUCCAGCUGCUCCGGGGCACAGAGUUAAAGAACCUCCUGCACACAGUGGUACCGGGACCAUGGCAGGAGGACGUGGUGGAUCCUGAGGAGUGUGCAAGGCGCUGUGAGCCUCUUCUGGACUGUCGAGCCUUCCACUACAACUCGAGUAGCCACGGGUGCCAGCUGCUGCCAUGGACUCAGUACUCGCCCCACACACAGCUCCACCAUUCAAGUCUGUGUGACCUUUUCCAGAAGAAAGACUAUGUACGAACCUGCAUUAUGGGCAACGGGGUCAGCUACCGGGGCACUGUGGCCAGGACAGCCGAUGGCCUGCCCUGCCAAGCCUGGAGCCGCCGUUUCCCCAAUGACCACAAGUAUACACCCACACCAAAGAAUGGCCUGGAAGAGAACUUCUGUCGAAACCCUGAUGGGGACUCCAGAGGCCCCUGGUGCUACACAACAAACCGUCGUGUGCGGUUCCAGAGCUGCGGCAUCAAGUCCUGCAGAGAGGCUGUUUGUGUCUGGUGCAAUGGCGAGGAUUACCGAGGCGAGGUAGACGUUACAGAGUCGGGACGCGAGUGUCAACGCUGGGACCUGCAGCAUCCUCACCCGCACCCUUUCCAUCCUAACAAGUUCCUCGACAAAGCGCUGAACGACAACUACUGUCGUAAUCCGGAUGGAUCCGAGCGGCCCUGGUGCUACACCACAGACCCAAACAUCGAACGAGAAUUCUGCGACCUUCCUAGUUGCGGACCCAACCUGCCACCGACCAUCAGAGGAUCCAAGUCACAACGGCGAAACAAGGGCAAGACUUUUAACUGCUUUCGCGGGAAAGGCGAAGAUUAUCGAGGCACAGCCAACACCACCUCCGCGGGUGUGCCCUGCCAGCGGUGGGAUGCACAGAGUCCGCACCAGCACCGCUUUGUGCCGGAGAAAUAUGCUUGCAAGGACCUUCGGGAGAAUUUCUGCCGGAAUCCUGAUGGCUCCGAGGCGCCUUGGUGCUUCACAUCUCGACGUGGUUUGCGAGUGGCCUUUUGCUACCAGAUCCCACGCUGUACAGAGGAAGUGGUGCCAGAAGGCUGCUAUCACGGCUCAGGUGAACAGUAUCGGGGCUUCGUCAGCAAGACCCGCAAGGGUGUUCAGUGCCAGCACUGGUCCGCGGAGACACCACACAAGCCACAAUUCACACCCACCUCAGCACCGCAGGCCGGGCUGGAGGCAAACUUCUGCCGGAACCCAGAUGGGGAUAGCCAUGGGCCCUGGUGCUAUACUUCCGAUCCAGCCACCCUGUUUGACUACUGUGCCCUGCAACGCUGUGAUGAUGACCAGCCACCCUCCAUCCUGGACCCCCCAGACCAGGUGCAGUUUGAACAGUGUGGCAAGAGGGUUGAUAGCAACAAACUCCGUGUGGUGGGAGGCCAGCCUGGGAGCUCACCAUGGACAGUCAGCUUGCGGAACAGACAGGGCCAGCACUUCUGUGGGGGGUCCCUAGUGAUGGAGCAGUGGGUACUGACUGCCCGGCAAUGCGUCUGGUCAUGCCAUGAACCUCUCACAGGAUAUGAGGUAUGGUUGGGUACCCUCAACCAGAACCCACAGCCUGGAGAGGCAAACCUACAGAGGGUCCCAGUGGCCAAGACAGUGUGCGGACCGGCAGGCUCCCAUCUUGUUCUGCUCAAGCUGGAGAGACCUGUGACCUUGAACCAUCACGUGGCCCGGAUCUGCCUGCCUCCUGAGCAGUAUGUGGUACCUCCGGGGACCAAGUGUGAGAUUGCAGGCUGGGGUGAAUCCCAAGGUACAAGCAAUAACACAGUCCUUCAUGUGGCCUCGAUGAAGGUCAUCUCUAACCAGGAAUGCAAUGUGAGACACCGAGGGCAUGUACAAGAGAGUGAGAUAUGCACUGAGGGACUGAUGGUCCCUACAGGGGCUUGUGAGGGUGACUACGGGGGACCACUUGCCUGCUAUACCCAUGACUGCUGGGUCCUAGAGGGACUUAUAAUCCCUAACAGAGUGUGUGCACGGCCCCAGUGGCCAGCCAUCUUCACACGUGUGUCUGUGUUUGUGGACUGGAUUAACAAGGUCAUGCAGCUGGAGUAGGCCUGGUUUUGAUCCCUUAGCGAUGACAAGACUUCUCAAACAUAAAGCAACCUUUCUCUCUGUCUGUA